CACAGUACCUUCAACAUGUCCGAGAACUCCUCGCUGCUCCGCAACACUCAAGAAGCCCCCGUGGCCAACGCGCGACCUUGGUGGUUCAAGUACGCCCUUGCUGGCGGCGCCGUGGUGGUGAUUGGCGGCGUUGUGUGGAUUGCCACCGCCCAAGGCGAGCCAGUGGUUGCGCUCGGCCCGCAUGGCCAAGUGGGCCCGACGGUCAACGUCACGACGACGGGCGUCCCCGUGACCACCACCACCACAUCUGCCCCAGAAACCACAACGGUUGCGACUACGACCACGUCGGUGCCCGUGACGACCACGGUUGCGCCAGUGACGACAACCGUCCCGGCUACCAACGCGACCUUUGUCCGCAAUGCCACCAACACCACUGUCGUUCGCAACUCGACCAAGGACACGAUCGUGGCCCAGUACCCAGCCCAGUUUGCUGCGUUCUUCAAGGAAUUCGAAGCCAAGUUGGACCGAUCGGUGGACCCGUGCGAUGACUUUUACCAGUACGCGUGCGGCGGGUGGCUGAACGCCACGACGUUGAAGCCGUCCGACACGACAGUGGACUCCUCUUUCUAUGUGGUCACCCAAGACAACGACCGCAUCCUCAAGGACAUCCUUGCCACCAAGCCGGCGGUCAUCGAUCCGUUCUAUCAGGCGUGUCUGACUGAAGGCGACGUGAACGCGGACGCAGUCGUGGACGUCAGUGUCCGUCUGAACCACAUCGCGACCAUCCAGUCGCUGGACGAACUACUGGCGUUUGCCGGCAUCCUCAACACCGAGUCGUCCGUGUCGUCCUUCUUGGACGUAGGCGUGACCACAGACCCGAAGAACGCGACUCUGAACGUCGUGGAAAUCGCCCAAGGUGGGCUCACGCUGCCGUCCGUCGAGUACUAUGAAGCCGACAUGCUGGCUCCGUACGUGGCAUCCCUUCAAACGUACUUGGAGACGUUAGCCACCGUGGACGCUUUCACUGGCGUGACGGCCAAGGCGGUGCUGGAUUUGGAAGCGCAGCUGGCCAAGAUCUCGUUGACCCAGGCCGAGCUGCGGAACCCGUGGGCCACGUACCACAAGUUUGCCCUGGGCGACGUCACGGCCAAGUACCCGCAAAUCGCGAGCUUUCUCAGCGGCGCGCAGCCAGCCCUACUCAACCAGACGAACGUUCCGGUGCUCGUGCCAACCCCCACGUACUUUGACUCGUUAGCAGCGCUUCUGCAAGCCACCGACCUCGGACUGCUCAAGGUGUACCUGAGCUUCCGGUUGAUCUACACUGUCAGCCCGUACCUGGGCGAAACGUUUCGCCAGGCCAACCACGACUUUAACGGCGCGCUGCAAGGCCAAGUGUCGACUCAAACUCGCGCCGAGUACUGCUGGGGCUUGACCCAGUCGCUGCUUGGGGAAUACUUGGGCAAGUUGUUCAUGGACAAGGUGUUUGAUGGAGCUACCAAAGCGCAGGCGCAGGACCUGAUCCGUCAGAUCGAAGCCUCGAUGGUGGAUGUGCUGAACGACGCGGCAUGGCUGGACGGCCCCACGCGCCAAGUGGGUCUGGACAAAGUGGCCCAAAUUCGCAACUUUAUCGGGGGCCCAGACGCCGUCGCGCCGCUGCCGUUCAACCUCACGAACAACUUCUACACGAACGUACAGUUGUUUGGCGACUGGGCGACGAGCGAGAGCUGGGCGUCGCUUUAUGAACCGGUGGACCCGACCGUGUGGGACAUGUUUGCGUUCACGGUGAACGCGUACAACGACGGGACGGCCAACAAGAUCGUGUUCCCCGCGGCGAUCCUGCAGCCCCCGUUCUACAACGCGCGGUCGUACCCCGCCGUGGCCAACUACGCCCGCAUUGGGAUGGUCAUGGGCCACGAACUAACUCAUGGUUUUGAUGACGAAGGGCGCAACUUUGACCCCCACGGCCAGCUCAACGCGUGGUGGUCGGACGCUGUCUCGGCAACCUUUGACAAAAACGCCAAGUGUUUAGCCGACCAGUACUCUACCUUCCCCAUCGUGUCGGUGGACGGCCACACCGUGCUCGGUCACUUGAACGGCCAGCUCACACUGGGCGAAAACAUCGCCGAUAACGGCGGCCUCAAGCUGGCCUAUUUGGCCUACCAGCGCGCCAAGAAGGCCAACAAGGCGAUCGCACAAGACCUCGGCAUCGACGACGCCAAGCUGUACUUUACCGCGUUCGCCCAAGGGUGGUGCCAGAAACGAUCGGACGGGAACGCGAUUCUGCGUAAAAACACCGACCCCCACUCCCCCGGCAAGUGGCGCGUGCACGGCCCCCUGUACAACUCGCAAACGUUUGCGGAUACGUUCCAGUGCCCCAUCGGGUCCCCCAUGAACCCCUCCAAGAAGUGUGUGAUUUGGUAAUCGUAGCGUUGGUUCGAGUGUUAUUACGAAGCAAGCCAACGCGUUCUACCUUGCUACUGUAGUAGUAGUUGAUAUACUUGUAACUACUACUGUACUCAACAUUCUCAUCCAUAAGCCUA